AUGAGCAAUAGUGAUUGGAUGUUGGAUUAUGAUUAUCUAGACACCAUUUCCCUCCCCAAUUUGUCUUGGUCUUCUUCCUCUCCUCCUCCCGCCCUCAGUGUGGAGGUAGAUGACUCGUUGGGAAUUUCGGAUGGUUUCAUGGAAAACGGAUCAAGGAAACGUUUGAGGUUUUUGGAACUGGGGUCUAUCCUGUACCCUGAAAGGCCUCUCAAAAUGGACAAGGCUGUUAUAUUAAGUGAUGCAGCUCGAAUGGUGCCUCAGUUACGAGAGGAAGCUCAGAAGCUACGAGAAUCCAUUGAGAAUCUACAAGAGAAAAUCAAUGAAUUGAAGGCUGAGAAGAAUGAGCUUCGGGAGGAGAAGCAGCGACUAAAAACAGAGAAAGAUAACCUUGAGCAGAAGAUUGAGGCCAUGAGUUCACAACCUAGCUUUCUGCCUGCGUUUCCUGCACCAGGACAAGUUAUUGGAAGCAAGUUGGUGCCCUUCAUGGGUUAUCCAGGAGUUGCCAUGUGGCAGUUUUUACCACCUGCUGCUGUUGACACCUCACAGGACCAUGUACUUAGACCCCCAGUUGCAUAA